GUGUGUCUUGAAGAAGUGAUAACGAUGAAGUGAAGAUUUAAUGGGAAUGUUUAUUGACAGGAAAAAACUGGAUAUUUAAACGAAAGCAGGGUAGAAAGGGCUUGCAUAAGCCUUUUGGUAAAUGAUAUUUCUUGAACGUGUACGUCAGGCGACAAAUUGUUGAGUGUUGCGAUGGAUAAAGGCGGAGUGACAGCGCCUCCGCUUCCCAAACGGCCAUCAUCAGUGGUGAUGAGGCCGAAACAGGAUGAAGGUGAGCAGACAGCUGCCUCCCAUCCACGCUCACCCCCACCACGCCCAUCCAGUAGGCCUCCCGCACCACCGCAGAGGCCAAGCUCACUCAUGCCCACAGGUGCUACAAAUGGAAUUGCUCACAAUGCUGAUCAGCCCGUACCAAAGUUACCUGCCCCUCCUGCCAGGCACAAGGGAGCAAUUAGAUCCCCUUCAACUGCUGACAACAAAUCAGGCCCUGCCAAAAAGCGCCCUGAGAUAACCAUUGUUAGUGCCCGUCCUAUGAGCCAGGUGGGGUUCAGACAAGAAGCAGCAAGUUCUGAUUCUGGGUUACCUCCCCCUGCAUGUGCUCAAGCACCAGAAAGCCCCAAACCUGCUUCCAGCGACAUGCCCAGUGUGCCUCCCCCGCGGCCCAAGUCUAUGACUGGCUCAACCACCAGCUCUGGCCCACCAGCCCGGCCUAAAUUACCCUGUCGACCUGGGCGGCCAAAUCCUUCGAAACCACAAGAUGCCUUACCCCCUGAUCCAACAAACCUGAUUGAUCUGUCACAGGAGGACUCGGGAGUGAACACCCCUGUCCCUAAACCCCGCCCAAGACCGGCGGCGAGAUCCACCGUCCCCACUCCCGAGGAUGGCAGUUCAGAACCAACCCUCCCAUCACCGAUUAAGCCUAUGCGGCCAACUAUUAUCAGGCCUAUGCCAGGUCGUAGUGGUGAGGAGCCAGCUCAGGAGACACAGAAAGAAGAGCAGGCUCCUGAUGUUUCUUCGGAAGAGCGCUCAGGACCAAAACUGCCGUCUUAUAUUCAUACGACGGCUUCUAAUGAUGCAAGUGUUAAUGAACUCAAAGCUGCCUUUGAAAAACGAAAGAGUGGCAUGAGUCAGCCUGCCCCUGCUCCAGCUAUGGCACCUAAACCUAAACCCAAACCCAAACCAGAAGUUGCCCAGAAACCAAAUGCCCAGGCCAAACCAGAGAGUGAUAAUCUGUUGACGCCUGUAAACUCUAGUGAAAGUGCUGAGGAGAAACUGAUGGCCAGUAUAAAUAGUGAACUCUUUGGAGGCGAUGCAUCACCGACGCCGCCUUCAAGGCGAAAACGACCCACGAUUAUCAGGGCAGGGGUGGUGGCUCAAAACACAGGUGAUGGUGCAGAGAAGUCAGAGAAGCCUGAAGAAGGAGAGGCCAGUAAACCGGUGGCCCCAGUCAAAUCUCCGGUGGGGCGCCCUCAAACGAGUCCUAAACUACAACAAAGGCAGCUAUUUCAGGAAGACAAAAAACCGUCAGAGGACACAGAAAAGUCUGCCCCUGCUAGACCUAAACCUGCUGUUCGAAAGUCUACCCCGACAGGGCCCCCUAAAUCUAUCAGUGCUCAGGACUUGGACUCUGCUCAGCUAACCACUCCCCAGCUGGACCCCGCCAGUAAGUCCCUCACGCCUCCACCCAGGAAGCACAAGACUGGGCCCCCAAGGCCUUCACAGGGUCCUUUAUCAGGGUCAUUUUCUCAGUCUUCACUUUCUCAGUCUUCACUUUCUCAGUCCUCACUCAGUAAUAAGGCAGACUCCAAUCCCAGCUUGGCCUGUGAGAAAGAACCUUCGAAACCAAGCCGGCCUCGUGGGGCCCCGCCAUCUCGCCCCCAGACUGCCCCUGCCAAAGCUCCACCCACCAAGUCUACACCCGCACCCAUUGUAUCUUCCUCAGGCUCCACCAGACAGGUGAUCAUCCAUGAAGUCUAUCCUCAGUCUGAAGCUCCCAAAUUGCCCCCCAGGCCUGGACCUGGACACCCCUUGUUCCAUUACAUGAUGGACUGUCCCUAUGGCAUCGCUGUGGCAACGCAUGAUUAUCAGUCUCUUCAGACAGACGAAUUAUCAUUUAAUGAAGGGGAUGUGAUUGUUUUACUCAGACAAGUGGAUGACUCGUGGUUUUAUGGGAAAAAUGGGGAAAUAGAAGGCAUAUUUCCUGGUAACUUUGUCAAAGUGAUGGAACCUCUUUCAGCACAGGGAGUUCAAUUACAUGAUCAGGCUUCUGCUGGUGCUCCUGCUGAUAUGUUAGUAGACUUCGGGGACGGAAUCGACCAGGACACAGCAAGUGGGCCACGAUGCCAAGCCAGAUUCGACUACGACGGCGAAACCAGUGAAGAUUUGACAUUUUUAGAAGGGGAGAUAAUUAAGCUGUUAGAACAUGUGGGUGAGGAUUGGCUCAGAGGGGAGUUGAAUGGCAAGAUUGGUAUUUUCCCUGCAACAUUCGUGGAAGUAAUUGAGGAUUUACCAGCCACCCCAGGGGACAUUUCAGGCGACAAUGAUUGGUCAGCAAGGAGCCAAUCAGAUAACAGUUUGGUUAGAGAAGCUAUGUACACCUUUAAUGGAGAAGAAGGAGAAUUAAGUUUUAAGGCUGGAGAUAAAAUUCAGCUGAUCAGCUACGUCAGUGCUGAUUGGUUGUUUGGAGAAGCCAAUGGAAAACAGGGAAAGUUUCCGUCAGCUUUCAUCGAUGACAUGCCUCUCCAUUUGCCGCAGUAUGUGGGGCCAAAGGUGAAAAAAACUGUGAAGGAGACUGCUGCAGGAACACAAGAGGCAUCUGAACAUGUAAGAAAGGAAAAACGAGAAGAGAAAAAAACAGAAGAACAAAAAAAGAAACAAAAGGAGAAAUACGAAGAGAAACGAGAAGAAAAACAACAGCCUCCAGCCGAAGAACCAAGAGUACAGACUCCACAAAGUGACACAUCCUUGGAUGAUGAGGCUUACUCUAUUGCUAUCCACGAGUUUAAAGGUGAGACAGCUGAUGACCUGAGCUUCCGGGAGGCAGACAAAGUGAUCCUGCUGGAGUGGGUAAAUGAUGAGUGGCUGAAGGGAAAGUCUGAGAUGACGGGUAAAGUGGGCAUCUUCCCGGCAGCCUAUGUACAGAUCAUUAAAGACCUGAAGAAAAAGGGUUCCAGAGUAGAACCCAAGAGUGAAGAAGAAACAAGAACGAAAGUGAAAGCAUUGUAUGAAUUUACUGGGGAGAAUUCACAGGAGCUAAGCUUCAAGGAAGGUACAGUGUUUUUGAUGCAUGGGCCUAUGGGUGGUACAGAUGACUGGAGGACAGGUGAAAUAGACGGGCAGGUGGGACUCUUCCCAGUCAGCUUUGUGGAGGAACACAUGGAUUAAGGAACCACAGUGACAUUCCUAGGCUCCUAGACCCAGGCUGAUGAAGUCCACUGACUGCUGAACGCUAACCGUACCUCACUUAUUGUACACACUAAGGGAGAAUCUUCAGAAAGAUUUGAUAUGUGACUGGGCAACCAAGUCUAUAUAUGUCCCCUGACUGUUGAGUACAGAUCAUAACCCACUUGUCGUACACACUGAGGGGUAGCCUCUUAAACAGAUUUGAUUUCUGGCCUAAAGUGUGACACUAACAGCCCUAAAUGAAAUGAUGUCCACUAUAAACUUUUCAGUUCUGACCAUUCUGAGCUGCAUGUACUAAGGGGUAAUUUUUCUGAGUACUCCACUGUACAUACUGAGGUCUGUGAGGAGAUUCAGACACCUGGUUUCAAAAAUUUAAAAAAAAAUUCUCCACACAGGUGAAUCCUGACAUGAGGAAAUAUUGCAGCGAGGUGUUAUUGUAAUAUGAAUGUCUUGCAGGACGGAGGAGCUUAAAAGUGCGAACAGCAACUUUUGUGACCCUCGAGCAUUCACGCUAUACAUGUGGUAAUAAAAAAAGGGUGUAGCCCAUUAGUGAGCCAUGUGGGUGGGUACACAGAUGAGGGGUGGGUUGACACAUCUGAUACUUUGAAGUGCAGUAGUUCCCUUCACCUGUUAACCUCACAGCUGAUUUACAUUAAGUGAUACUAUUUGGACCAAUCAGACAGAUAACAAAAUGGAUUGACUGUGAGGUGGAAGAUGUUAUUUUUAAUUCAGAGUUUAGAACCAAGUACCCUUAUUCCCCAACCUAUUAUUUCAUAUGAAAGAGAAAGUUCAGUUGCAGAGUUUUACUUUGAUUUUGGAGAUAAUACUACAUUGGUUGGAUUGGCCAAUUUCAGGGCUUUACAAAAGUAUAAUUUUAUCAGUCAGCACAGAAUAAUUCCUUCAGAAUAUGCUUGAAUAAACACAUUGAAAACAUGA